CUUUUUAGUUUUGGUAUGAGCACUGUGAUUUGUGACUGACUUAUGAACAUGAUUGCAGAACAAAAGAAGAUAAAAUGAAUGAAUGACUUUUGGGAUUGGAAAGCAAAAACAAUGGUAAAGGAAGGCAUAACAUUAAGUCUAAAUUCUCAAAUGAAGUGUUGAAAGGAGAAGGACAUUCACAACCCAAACCCAACUCAACUCCAAAACUGUUAUCAAGUGAAGCUUCCAUUUCCACUUCCUCUGAUCCAUCACAUUCACUUUUGACAAGUUAGAUGAGCCUUCAUUGUUAAGGCUUUGCCUGGCAGCUAUUGGAGAGGAUGAAGCUUAAAAGGUGGCUCACGUGUGUUUCAUUCCUCAUUGUUGCCACAGUGAGCAAUGCAGUUGGUGCAUUUGUGGGGGUGAAUAUUGGCACUGAUGUUACUGAUCUGCCAUCUGCUUCAAACGUGGUUGCAAUUCUAAAAGCACAUCAAAUUAGACACGUGCGUCUGUAUAAUGCCAAUGAGCACAUGCUACAAGCCCUUUCAAACACUGGCAUUGAGAUAAUUGUUGGUGUCACAGAUGAAGAGAUACUUGGCAUUGGAGAAUCUGCAUCAGUUGCUGCAGCAUGGAUUAGUAAGAAUGUGGCUGCUUAUAUGCCAUCCACAAACAUCACAGCAUUAUCAGUUGGCAGUGAGGUUCUCACCUCAGUUCCAAAUGUUGCACCUGUUCUGGUUCCUGCCAUGAACCACCUUCACAAAGCACUAGUUGCUUCAAACCUUAACUUUAGGGUUAAGGUUUCAACACCACAGUCCAUGGACAUAAUUUCUAGGCCUUUUCCUCCUUCUACAGCCACCUUUAACUCUUCAUGGAACUCCACAAUCUACCAACUCCUUCAGUUUUUGAAGAACACAAAUUCCUCUUACAUGUUAAAUGCCUACCCUUACUAUGGAUACACUAAAGGAGAUGGCAUUUUCCCUAUUGAAUAUGCUCUAUUCAGACCCCUUUCUCCAGUGAAGCAAAUUGUUGAUCCAAACACACUAUUCCAUUAUAAUAGCAUGUUUGAGGCUAUGGUGGACGCUACCUAUUAUGCUAUAGAAGCCUUCAAUUUCAAUGAUAUACCUGUUGUUGUCACAGAGACUGGUUGGCCAAGUUUUGGUGGAACAUAUGAACCAGAUGCUACUACAAAUAAUGCUGAGACCUAUAAUAAUAAUUUAAUUGUGAGAGUACUCAAUGGUUCAGGUCCCCCUAGUCAGCCAAAGAUGGCCAUUAACACCUACCUAUAUGAAUUAUUUAAUGAGGACAAGAGGAAAGGUCCUAUAUCUGAAAAGAAUUGGGGUGUUUUUUAUACUAAUGGAAGUAGUGUGUAUUCUUUGAGUUUUGGUGCUUCCAACAUGAGUAAUGGAAAUUCUCUGGGGUCUUUUUGUGUGGCUAAAGAUGAUGCAGACACUGAUAAAUUGGAAGCUGGCUUGAACUGGGCUUGUGGACAAGGCCAAGCUAACUGUGUAGCUAUUCAACAAGGAAGACCAUGCUAUUCCCCCAAUAACCUGAAAAGCCAUGCAUCUUAUGCUUAUAAUGAUUAUUAUCAAAAAAUGCAUAAUGCUGGUGGAACAUGUGACUUUGAUGGUACAGCUAUAACUACUACCGAGGAUCCUAGUUAUGGGUCCUGUAUAUAUGCGGGAAGUGCAAACUCAAGCAUUGGUGGAAGGAGUUCAUCUUCUACAGCACUUGGAUUUGGACCUGGACCUGUAAGUCCUGUUGGAGGUAGUUGGAACCUGCACGUGUCCACCCUUCAGUAUUUGAUGUCGUCUAUUAGUGUAUUUUUUGCUAUGGUGUUGUCAUGACCCAAAGGUCGAAACUAAUUUAGAUUGCAAUUUCAUAAAUUGUUCUUUUUGGUCAAAAAAUUUUCUUCAGAUCUACAUGCCAUCUUGUAUGGUGUAUUUGGGAUCAUUGUAGUUUAUAUUCUCUAGGUAGGUAGUUGCAGGAAUUCAGUGCUUUAGCUGGAGAAGACCAAACGGGAUAUGGGGCCUUCGAGAAUUCAUUGCUAUUGUGUUCGUCACAUACAAAUGUAGUUAAUUUGUCAUGUGUAAGGAGAAGUGUUAUUUCUACUUUACUUUCUCCACAAUAUCUUUUGCAACUUCUUACAACACUUGAGUACAUAACCGCAUAUUUUAUUUAAACGCGCAUUUUCAAUUA